AUGCAAACCGUUCUUCGUCAUCGGACACGGAUCAAUUUCCAAGAUCUACCCCAAACGAUCAAGGACGCAGUGGUCGUGACAGAGAAUCUCGGUCUCGGCUACCUCUGGGUUGAUGCGCUCUGUAUCAUUCAGGACGACGAGAGUGACAAAGCCUGCGAAAUUGAUCUCAUGGGGCACGUCUACGAGAAUGCUCAAGUCACUAUAGCAGCAUCAAGGGCGGAAAGAGUCCAAGAGGGGUUCCUGCAGGACCUUAUACCAUAUGGAUGCAACAAACAAGACUGGGUCUUCAAGAUGCACUAUCGUGAUCUGGCAGGCCAAGUCAGUCCUGUGAUCAUCGCCCCAAAGCUUUUCCGACCGCCGGUAGACCAUUUGUCGAAAAGAGCUUGGGCUUUUCAAGAACGACUGCUCUCACGUCGGAUUCUCGAAUAUAGUGCCGCUUGUGUACAUUGGACUUGUCAGUCGCACAACGAUUGUGACAGACGAGGCGGAAAGUGCUCUGUUCAAGAGCUCAAGAGUAACACCCAGGCCUCUCGUGGUCUAUUAUAUCUCAACGAAGCUGUCACUGUGGAGAGGUGGCAUAAGCUCGUCGAUGAGUUCUCGAGGCGGUCGCUUACCCUUUCCGGGGAUCGCCUUCCAGCUAUAGGAGGUAUCGCCGAGCGGUUUGGCAUCCAGUCAGACGAUCAGUACCUAGCUGGCAUAUGGCAAUCACACCUACCAUGGGGGCUCCUCUGGAUGAUUAACAAAUGGGUGAGAGGAUCGGCCCAACCCCAAGCUUCGGCCUAUGUUGCCCCAUCAUGGUCCUGGGCAUCCACAAUGCGUCCUAUUAAUGGCCGUGUUUUUGGCGAUUCUGGAGUUUCCCAGGUUGACAUAGUCAGAGUCAACGUAAGAACUGCAGCAGAAGGGGCUAGGUACGGAAAGGUUGUCUACGGCAGUCUUACGCUACGUGGAUUCGUCACACCCGUCGAUUGGAAAUUGCCACAGGAAACGGAGAGAUACGUUGACGGUACUAUUUCCAGUAUUCCUUCCAUUAGCAUCCACAGAGACGGUGCAGAAACCAGCUUACUCGCAGGUGGCAUGACCACAGUUCGCGACUACCUAUUGGUUCUCGUCGCGAGCAGCGACAUCAAGAAGGUGACGGGUUUGAUAUUGCGUCAGCAUUCUGAUCAAACAUAUUUUCGGACGGGAGUCUUUCAGGUACCCUACUGUCCGGCAGAUCAGGAAAAGUAUCCAAACCUAGCCCAUAGUCUUUUGAACAGCAGCCGAGAGGAGGAGGUCACAAUUGUAUGA